AUGGAUCCAUCGCGUCCAGAUGGAUCCUGCAAGCGAUGCGCCAAAGCCGGGCGCACGUGUGUUGUCACCGCGCCCACGCGGAAACGUCAGAAGAAGACGGAUAGCCGCGUCACGGAACUUGAGCGUAAAAUUGAUGCGUUGACGGCGACUUUGCAGGCUUCGCAUAGGGGCGCGUUUGGGAUGGAACAUCCUGCACAACAACAGCAGGGCUCUUCGUCACAUUCGCCUGAAAUUCCUGGUCCAAGAUGGCUGAGAGAUGAUCCUAAUUUAGCGGGGAGUAAGCGCAAUCAUGAUGGGCUUUUGGUGUCGCAGUAUCCUCGUCAGGAUAGUCCUUCUGCAGAGAAAUUACCUCCACAGGCAUCUUCUCGACAAUGGCGUGUUCCGUCGGCGGAUGAGACGGCACCGUCAAAGGCGGAGAAUGAAUUCGUUGAUGUGAUUGAUAGAGGCGUGGUGGAUGUCGAGUCCGCCCAGGCAGCAUUUGAGCGAUACGUAACGAGGAUGGCACCAGAGAUGCCCAUGGUGGUCUUUCCACCAGGCACGACAAUGGGUUUUGUGCGUCGUGAGAGACCGGCUUUGUUUCUGGCUAUUCUUGCGGCUGCCAUCGGCCCGUUCAAAAAGGAUGUACAACUCAAGCUUUUGGACGAUGUCUAUCGCAUGGUUGCAGAACGUGUGGUCGUUAAAGGCGAGAAGUCCCUUGAGCUUGUGCAAGCCUUGAUCGUCCUCGCAGUUUGGUAUAUGCCUCCGGAUAAUCUCGAGGAACUAAAGUUCUACCAACUCGUUCAUUUCGCCGUGAUCCUGGCCAUGGAUCUCGGGCUGAAUAGGCGAAAGGGUGGCGAGGACCGUCCGUUUAGUCGGCUACGGGAAGUGCUUAUCAAAAAGCCCUUGGGCUCGCCUUUUGAUAUAAAUGGACCCGAAGCGAAGCGCACCUGGAUUGGUUGUUAUUUCAUGUCGGUUCAAGUAUCUACGGCUUUGCGGAGGAUGCAUCUAGUAAGGUGGCAACCCUAUAUGGAAGAGUGCCUGCACACGUUGGAAAACCACCCCGAUGCUCUGCCUUCCGACAGGAAGAUUGUCUGGUGGGCAAGACUUGGCCAGAUUAUAGAAGAGGCUAGUACACAGCUUCUUACAGAUGAUCCCCAGUCCGUCAUCACUUUUGCAGACAGCAAAAUCCGGUAUGCAGUCAAGGGCUUUUCAAAUCAGCUGGCCCAGUGGCGAAGGGAAGUGCCGGAGGAAGCUUAUACCCUGACAUUGGCCCAUACUUAUCACGUCAUCAACCUUUUCAUCCACGAAAGUGCGAUGAGUGUUGAUUGCAGGGACACCUGCCUCCCGAAUUUGCCUAAUAAUGAUCUUCCUCCCUCGAUCCUUGCUCCUCUUAUCGAUGCAAUCAGUACCUGCAUCCAUUCCAUCCACCAAGCUCUAGACAUCGUCUGCAGCAUCGAGCCAGACCGUCUCAUUUGCUUGCCGACAGUGGCUCUGGCCCGGACGUCUUACCCAGUGGUCAGCUUGAUCAAAAUAUACUCGCUAAUCGUGGCAUCAAACACCCACGUGGGUCAAGUGAUUGAUAUGAAUAGUCUCAAGAUUGAAUACUAUCUCGAGAAAGUCAUUACUCACUACCGUGCCGCCGCCGCACGAGAUGGUGGCAGGGCAGCAUCAAAAUUCGGAAAUAUCAUCAUGAUGCUGCGAAACUGGUUUAUCAAGAAGAGAGAGAAUGGACCGGCGCUGAGAGAGAUUUUCGGCACGGAGAUGCAGUCAGAUACACAGGGUGAUAAACAAGCAAAUCAGCCAGGAACCACACCCCUCCAUCUCCUCAGCGAAGUCGCAAUGGGCGACCCCGCCAACCGCACCCCAUCAACAGCAUCCCAAUCACGCACCGGCCAAGAAAAAAUCUACACACCAUCAACAUACGGACAAACCCCUACCCAACAACCAGGACCGCCAACCUACUCCACAGACCCAAACCCAGCAAACCCACCCAGCCGAAUCCCCUCCCGAUCAGACGCAACCCCCUCAAGAACACCGUGGACAUCCACACCCUCCUUCUCACCCUCUAUCCCCUCCAACUCCGGUCCCGGGUAUUACCCAUCAUUCACAACCCCAGACCCAACGCAGGGAUACCCCGGUAUGCAAUCCUUGACUGGGCCCAGUAGUCAAGGUCAACCUGGAUCUGGAUACCCGGAUAUGUCGAGCAUGGGCCUUUCGAUUUCGCAGCCCAUGGGUAUGGCGCCGGAGUUGGGUAUGGAUGUUACGUUUGAUACGGAUAAUUUGUUUGCGUUGGGGACUAUGAUGGAUGAGGGGUUGUUUUCGUUUCCGUUGGCUUUUGAUGGGGACUUUCAGUUGUAG